ACCUCCUCCUUUACACAGUAAGCUGCUCUAAACUAGACAGAGCAUUAGAGAGGGAAGAGAGGAGAAGAAAGAGCAAUGAAAAUCAGAACACAGCUUUGACUGCUUGACACACAACUCCACAGAUGCAGUAAAGGCUGUUCAGCCAUUUUGCAGGGGAAAAGCUGACAAAAAGGACAGGGGAAGACUUAAACCACGGAAAAAGUAAACGGAUAAACCCUUUUCUGAGGAGCUGCAGCAGGAGAUGGUGUAGCCCCCCUGCUGAUUCCCUGACGUGUGGAGGAGAAGUGAAAGGGAGCGAAGAAGAUAGCAGGGGAGGAACUGUUCGUGUUACCGAGGGAGGAGUUGUCUUUCUCGCGUAGUGCCACCAGUGAGGAGGAGGCAGAAGCGAGUGCUUGUGGUCUCCUGAGAGAGAGAGAGAGAGAGAGAGAGAGAGAGAGGACAAGGAAGGGCUGCUAGUGUGACAGGAAGAAUAGGGCAGGCAAUGUGCCGCUGACUGGAGUAUGCUACAGACCAUUUACGAGGGUGACUCCUACUUCUCCAGCGACAGCUUUGGCAAACUCCGGAUGCCUCAGGAACCCCACGACAGUGACAUGCACAACGUUAACAACUCAGGGUCGUGGGGAGACUGGAGCCUAUCCCAGGGAGCCUGGGGUACAAGGCAGAGUGCACCCUACCCUGGACGGGGUGCCAAUGCAUCGCGGGGCACAAUCACAUACUCAUUCACAUUCACAAACCCAUUCACACACUACGGACACUUUGGACAUGCCAAUCAGCCUACUAUGCAUGUCUUUGGACUGGGGGAGGAAACCGGAAUACGUGGAGGAAACCCCCGCAGCACGGGGAGAACAUGCAAACUCCGCACACACAGGGCAGCAGCCCUGGAGGUGUGAGGUGUGAGAUGAGCAUGCUAAACACUAAGCCACAUGGACGUUAAGCCUGAAGUACCACUGGCUCUGGAGCCUGCUUCUCCACUAGAUCUGCGGACAGACGUGAGGAUGCCGGCCCUGGGCUCGGACCCCAACGUGUGGGAGCGGCAGCUGCAGCAGGAGCUGCUCCUCAUUCAGAAGCAACAGCAGAUCCAGAAACAGCUUCUCAUAAACGAGUUCCAGAAGCAGCAUGAGAACCUGAUUCGCCAGCACCAGGUGCAGCUGCAGGAGCACCUCAAGCUGCAGCAGGAGCUGCAAGUGAUGAAGCAGCGGCAGGAGCAGCUGGAGAAGGAAAGGAAGUUGGAGCAGCAAAACCAAGAAAGGGAACUGGAGAGACAUCGGCGCCAGCAGCAGGUCCUAAUCCUCAGAAGCAAAGAGCGGGCGCGAGAGAGUGCAGUGGCCAGCACAGAAGUUAAGCAGAAACUACAGGAGUUUUUGUUGAGCAAAUCCACAAAGGACACAGCAUCUAAUGGAUCCUGCCAUACAUUCACACAAAACUCCAAACUGUGGUUCACUGCCUCCCAUCACACCUCUCUGGAGCAGAGUUCACCUCCUCUGGGAGGAGUGUCACCGUCAUGCAAGUUCCCUUUACCCUCCCUACCGGACUGCAGGGAUGAUUUCCCUCUGAGGAAGACUGCCUCGGAGCCAAAUCUGAAGGUACGCUCUAGGUUGAAGCAGAAGGUUGCAGAGAGGAGGAGCAGCCCUCUUCUGAGGAGAAAAGAAGGAACUGUCAUGACACCUUUCAAAAAACGAGCCCUGGAACUAAUGGAGUCGACAGCCAGUAGCAGCUCCACUGGUUCAGGCCCCAGCUCUCCAAAUAGAGCCUCAAGUUUUCCAGGGGCUGACAAUGGACCAUCACCUCUACCAUCCACCAUUCACACUGAGCGUUGGCCCUCACAGCCGAAGUUGCUUGGCUCUGAUGGUUCAGUGUCCAUGUUGAGUCUCUACACAUCACCGUCUCUGCCUAACAUCACGCUGGGCCUCUCCGCUGCCUCCUCCCCCAUCAGUGCUGGCGAGGGCAGUGGAGUGCUGCCUGUCAGGCAGGGUUUGCCCGCUCAGCUCUUGGGUCCUGUGCCUUUACCAGUCAGCAUGGAGAGUAAAGUGAGCAGCAGCCAGCAAGCACUCCUACAGCACCUCCUGCAAAAGGAGCAGCUCCGCCAACAGAAGAUCUUCUCCACUGGCCAAAGUGCUGGGUCUGUGCACCCUCCCUCUCCUCUGGCCAUGACGGAGCGUUCCUCAGGCAGCGUGCGGCCCAAAUUGCCACGCCAUAGGCCCCUGAACCGUACCCAAUCUGCACCACUGCCCCAGAGCAUAUUAGCUCAGCUUGUCAUCCAGCAGCAGCACCAACACUUCCUUGAGAAGCAGAAACAGUAUCAGCAACAGGUCCACAUAAAUAAGCUGUUUUCCAAGUCCAUCGAACAGCUGAGGCAGCCGAACGGGCACCUGCACGAGUCGGAGGAGGAAGAGGGAGAGGAUGCGUUUGAUCACGCCAUGCAAGAGGACAGUUCGCCCUCUUCUGGAGUCAUCCGCAAGUGCAGCCCCAGCCUCAGGAACAGCAGCAUCCACAGUCCCAGAAUGCUCAGUGAAGAGGUGGAUGCUCACGCUAGGGUUAUUAGAAUCAAACAGGAGCCUGCUGACAGUGAUGAUGAAACACAUGCCAAAGAGAGCCUAGCAGAGAAGAAGAGUGCUUACCUUCACCAGGUGGAAGGAAGGCUGGUAAUACAGGCUAUGAACUGAUCUUAGGCAUGAGCACAUACACAUGUACACAUGUACACAUAUACACACACACACACACACACAAACACACACACACACACACACACACACAUAACUCAUGCCAGGUUAUGCCACCACAAGCCCUUUUGGACUAUAGACAUUUGUGACCUUGUGAUGUGAUCUCUGUAUUGUAUGCUGUAAUGAUCUGUAUAUAAUUUGAAUAAGAAGAAAAAUCUAGACUGGUAUAUCUUUUAAAAGCUGAAUAAGCAUCUCUGUUUGUAAAAAGACUUUUGAAUUGUAAUUACUUUCCCUUUCUACUUUUGAUCCACCCACUGGAAAAAGAGCUGCACUAGAGCUCGUGUAGAAUAAUCACUGACUUUUUUUUUUCUUCAUGACACUUUGAACUUCGCAUAGCUUUCAUUUCGGAUGAUUUCGCUCAUUUACUGUUUCCAGUGUAAACUGCAACAGGAGCACAGCUAUAGCAUCAGUAUCCUCACUGUUACUGCGCUCUGUGUCCUGGGUUCUCCCAGGGGGUCUGUAUCAAAGUUGUACUCUGGUCCCAGAGUAGUGCUCGGCUUGGCGGCUCACUCACAGUGAGAGAGGGCUGAGCAGGAAAUGCCUGGUGGAAGCCAGGAACCGGAGUGAUUCAUGAGCACAGGAAUGUUGGGAGAGGACGGGUUCAGCGUUCAGCAAAGUCCAAGAGGCCAGUCAUGAGCCCUGAUUUACUAUCGGGGCAAAUUACAAAACGAAUAGGGAAACAGUGGAACGAGUCCCUAUUUAAAACCAAUAAUUUCCUGUUUAGACCACCGUAAUGUGUACACCCCCACAUUAAGAUUUUGAUAUCUGUUCCUUCUAUGUAUGUUUUCAAGGUGCGAUUCCUUACUGCUGAUUAUUUCUCCUCUCAGAAUGGCCAGAUAAAAAUAACUUUCAUAUUUCCCUAGCUACCGUCUUUCUUGUAACUUUCCAUCAUUUGUCAUGUUUAACGCUGUCAAUGUAAAAGCAUUAGUGCGAGUAAUAUGUGUGUGAGAUCCUGUGCCACAAUGCUGCCACAUAUACAAAAACUUGUUCAUUAUAUGUGACUCACCAUACCGUCUUUAAAAGUAAAGCAUUCUGGACAUGUCUGCCUGUGUCCUGUUCUCCUAUUCCUCUGUCCAGUAACAGUAAGCUUUUCUUUACUUCGUAGCUGUUUGGAUGGAUCAUCAUCUCCCAUGGUUGCUGUCUUUUUCAAAAUAAAGUACGUUUCCAUCCUGUGA